AGCCAUUUUGGCUCAAGCGAGAGGCCCAGAUCCAGGCGCAUCUCAGUGAAACGGACUUAGCGCCUAGCCCAGGGCAGCGGCCAUUUUGGGCCCAAUCAUGUUGAACGAGCGUAUCUGGCUUAUCAUACUUAUCCCUUUCAACUGCCUGACGUUCGUUGUCAUUGUCUGGCGGUUUCGCAGCUCUGGGCUGUUUGGUUUCUUCCCGCGGUGGGGCUCAGUCUAUGAUCAUUUCAAUGCUACGGCAAAGUGGCUGCUCUUCAUGUCACCACCGCACCCGUUACAUCGUCAAUUGAAGGAUAUGGCAGACAAGCGACUCUCAGAGCAAGUGGUUUGGGGGUGCCCCAGGAUACUCGUCUUUGCCUUCUGCUAUAACAUAGGUCAACUGGUGCAAAUGAUAUGUCCUCAGCGGUGCGCCUCGGCAACGCGGCACUGACUACAUUCCUGAUGGCAGGGACUCUCAAGCCAAGGUUGUUCACCCCGAGUGUCGUGUUCUUGUUCCACGUUCUCCUGUAUAUUGUCGUCUUAUACCUUGUCGCUUUCUUGAAAGCCAGCCCAGUGAGAAUCUGCGAACGUCUCGCAGUGAGUAUUGUUCAUUGCAGACCUAGAGUGACUCUUAUGUUAGGUCUUAUGUACGUCGCAGGUGUUUCGCCAGUGUAUGAACCCGCCGACACGCGUCAGGAGUUGAUAGUGUCGCUCCUUGUGUUCGCCAUAACAGCUUCGGUCAGAAAGUCCCGCGACGCGGAGUUUUUGGCAGUGUUGGAGGCAAAGACUUCGCGAAGUGUUGAGUCCAUAGCGGGCGGUCUCUUGUCAAGUGUGUGCGACGCGGUGGUGCAUAUGUCGCGAGAUUUUCGGUUUUCGAAGCCGGCCGCACAUCUUGCCACACUGCUUCUCAGAUCGCCCACAACGAUGGGUGUUGGUGUCUCAUUUGUUGAUCUAGCGGUUGACGCGUCGGAGAAGGACCGUUUGACUGCAUUCUUGGAGCGACCAAUGUCUGAUACUAGCACGGUUCACGUUUCGUUGAAAGAUUCAUGGGGCAUGAUUGUAAAGUUUCGGCUGUUCCACGCCCACGGUAUUGACAUAGACGACGAGCCGAUUCACAUAGUGGGUUUGAAGGAAGAUUCCGAAGAGCUCCGGACGCCGCCUGAGGGCAAGCUUCGCGAUAGCCAGGUGAUACCGCCUUGUAGCCUUUUAGCAGGAAUCUCGGAGGACUCGAUCAGCGUUUCAGGGAGCUCCUCUUCUGGUGUACUGAUCGGAACCGAGUGCGGGGGGAUGACUGUCCAUAUCAACUCAGAAGUCCACGGUUUGCCUAUCUUGCAGUGCUCCGCCGAGUUCUUGAGUCUGAGUGGACCUCUAUGCGAAGGCGCAGGGUUGCUGCAGUGGGUCGUCAAUCGCGACGCGUUUAUGGAGUGGGCAGAGGGAGCUUACAACAGUAGCAUGGAUAAUCACGAGUUUGGCGACGGUGCCCAUGAUGAAGAGCUCUGCGUGGCGCCAUUCAAUGUCCGUCUCGUGCUGCCUCACAUGGGCUAUAGAGUCCGCGAAAUAUCUGCGAACGUACUGUUGAAAUUGGAUGUCGCAGAGGAUGGCGGCAGCGACGUGACCCCCUCUAUACGAACCCUGCUGGUGCUGGAGGACGUUGUCUUCGUCCGCAGUGCAUCCCGCAGAGCAUCCUCCUCGACGAGGCGCACUGUGAGAGGCGGAAGCCGUCAACGGUCUUGACACUGUAACAUUUGUCCAGGCGUCCACCUUCGAUCAAUUUCUCGUCGGUCAGCAUGCCGCGUCGUCUCGCUUCUGCUCGCGCCUGUUUCACACCAGUUUUGCAGCGAGCACGCCCUCCAGGGGCCCAGGCGCAGGAGGCCCCUGCAUCAAUGCAUCCCGGCCGCUUCCUCCAUUCUACCCCGCGAACGGUUAUCACGGGGUCCGCAGACACCCGUUUCCCUUCGUAAGGCGAGGGUGCAGGGUGUUUAGCGUAACAUGCGUGAUCCAAACGGAAACCCAGAGCAGGAGGGCGGGGAACAAUACUGCCAGCCUUGGUGUUUCACCCUUUUGUUUCCUCUUGCUCUUCGAGCCGGCAGUGCACGCGGGCUCGGAAGAGCAACCAUUUUCUGUCAGGUGUUGUGCUCGUUUGCCCACGAGGAGGCCGACCUUGCCUGGGUCAGGGCCCAAGGCGAGGCUUCGACGCGUCAGUCCGGCCCCCUCGAAGGGAACUCGGAUUCAGACGCGUCCGAUGUUUGUUCGGCCCCGUUCGAUGGGUCGAGGCCGCCUCACUUGAAGCUCCUCCUCCUCCUCCCUCCACACUUGUUGCCGAUUCUCCGUAUCCGAUGGAAAUGGGGUGGCAAGCAGGAGCGCUAGGGACAUGAGUGAGGCCCGCAGUGUGAGCUUCUCUUUUUGCGUGUCUGUAAUUUUUUGUGCUCGUGAAUCGUGUGCCGCUGCAACAGGAGUAUUGUGAGUUUAAGUCUGCCCGUGGAAGAGAAACGUCGGAGAUUUGUUGUUAGCAUUUAGCUGACCAUUGCACGGCUGGCCGCUGCAUGAAUUUUUUGGUGUGACCUCGUCCCAGUUUCGAGGAAGUCGCUGCUUCUCUUAGUUUUGGUGCAAUAAACGGGGAUCCCUCCUGCGGUCGCUUCGUCCCUCCUCCCUCCUCUCGCCCUUCCCGCUCCUCCUGGGCCGUGGGCCUCUCCUGCCCCCCUCGGGGGCCAUCCCUGGCUGAGGGCUGUGUGAAAUGCUCCCUCCUGAGCGUCCGCGUGCGGACGCCUAGGGGCGCGCCUUCGCCUCCUUUGGCCAGGUAUGGCGCCUGCUCGCCCUUGGUCUCCCGCGUCGUUGCUGCUUGCUGGUGGAUCCCGCGUGCACCUGUCGGCACGGGCCGCACACGGGCUACCGAAACUCGGGCCAUGCCGUUCGUGUCCCACGUGUCGUGUGGUGCCGAGCUUACAGCAAUGAGGGGGUAACCCCACCACACUCCGUAGUUCGAGCUGACUUUGGACUCAUAUGGAGCUGCAUUCGCAACAGGCAGGCAGCCAUAUCGACCAACUGGAUCCCGCAAAUCUGUGCGUACGUAAGCUGGGCACGAGCAGCAAAUUCACCAGCAUGCUCGUCAGCUUGCUUGUUGGCGACGUAAUGUGCUAAGGACAAGGCUCUCUCAAGAGCUUCCUGCUGAGUUAUGCCACCUCUUUGAUUGACUUCUUCAGCUCAAUGCAGAAGUCGCAUGCGUGGCCGUGCCCAUUUCGGCGCACCACUCGCACGUUUCGUGGCCCCAUCGGGAGCUCCGCCGAAGGUCCCAGCGGCGGGACUCGCAUGCGUGACAGCGCUUGUCUUGGCACACCGACUGCGUGCCCUGCUGUUCUCCCCAAGGCCGGGUCGACAGCCGCUCAGAUCAGCUGUGGAUGGUUACAGCUGUAGCCCGUUGCGGCUGACCCCUGCGACCCCAGCAUUGUGGACGACGAUCAACGAAGAGGAAACAUGUUGCCAA